AUGCAGUGGCGUUACCAGGGGAGCGAGAGCAGGGAGGGGAGUGCUGGUGAGGAGGAGGAGGUGCAGGCGGUGCAGUGGGUGGUGCUGCUGUUUCUGUACGCUGCUGUUCAAUUCGACGAUAGGCUGGUGGACUAUGAGGACAUGCUUGGCGCGCUGCAGAGCUUGGUGCUCUCCAACCGCAUCCCACCACUCGGAUCGCCACUCCUCCCCCUCCCCUCCCUCGCACCUUCUCCCCACAACCACCUCUCGGACGCCCACUCUCCCCCACCCGCCACCGCCACCCGCUCCACCUUUUUCCUGCUUGUGUUCCUGUCGCUGCACGCGCUGCUGCGCCCCUGCUGCUCCACUGUCUCGUUUGACGCGCAGCACCGCCUCCUCUGCUUCCUGCACCGCCACGCUGCAGUGCUCUCCUUCCCCCUCACCGCCUGGCACCUGGCUCUACCGCACUGGAUCCUACUACGGGACGGUUUGGAGGAGCUGAGCCACAGCCUCGUGCACUCCUGGCUCUGCGCUGCUGCUGCCUCCCUGCCGCCUCCCUCUGCCUCAGGCCCCUCGCCCGGAACCAGCAAUGCAGCAGUAGCAACAGCAGGCAGCGGUGGUGGCAGUUUAAGGAAUGUAGGUGAGAGUUCGGGCGCUGGUGCUGCGGGUGGUGAGACGCCGGAGCUGGAUGCUGUCGGUAGCUUGCUCAGCGGUGGCAGUGAGAGCAGCAACUCCAGCAGCAAUGGAGUGGAUGAGAUGAGCGGUGACAAGGAGGAGGCAGGGAGGCGGUGUGCUAGGGUGGUGGCGGGGGUGGUGAGGGAGAUGUGGAGGGCGGGGGGGGAGUGGCAGCAGCUGGCACAGGUGACUGAGGCUCUGGCGAUCCUGGUGGACAGGCAUCCGCAUUUGAGUGCCCGAUUGGAGCAAGGGGCGCUCUCAACCAUGUACAUAGAGGCCAUGCUGCUGAGCGGCUCUAACCUACCGCCGCCUCUGCUGCUCUCCACCCUGCACCUGCUGGCCCGCCUGCUCUCCCACCUGCCCCCCAAGCCCCCCGUCCCUCCGCGCAUGGGAGGGCGGCUGCAGUCACCGCCACAGCAGGCAACAGCGUGGGAACGCUUAGCGCAGCAGGUGCUGAUUGUGGUUGAGCCACUGGUGGAACCUACUGCUGUCAGCAGCACUGCGAGCGCUGCUCCUCCCACUCUCUCACAACAACAGCAGCCGCAGCAGCAGCAGCAGCAAUAUAGCCAGGCAUACAGGCAGGCACAGGUGCAUAGUGGUGAUGGUGGCGCAGGGAGCGAGCAGGAGGAGCGUGGCGAGAGGGAGCAGGUGCUGGUGGGGGCGUUGAGCGUGAUCAACGCACUGCUGUGGCACGCAACAACACUCUACACACCCAGUGGCGCUGACCCAUGCAGCCAACCCAACGAGCUCAACGGAGCAAGAUCGGGCAGCAGUCGUACAGUGGGCGAUGCGCGGCUGAUGGCAGUGGUGGAGGCAAACGAGGACGUGGUGAAUGCGGCUGGCACCAUCAUGAUGAGCGCGGCUCUUGUGGGCUUCACAGAGGGGUGUGUGCGGGCUGCUGCACGUGGCAUCUGUGGAACCACUGGUGAUCUCGAGGACACGCCAGCAGUGGCUGGUGGGGGGACGCAAGGAGGGGGAUGUGGUGUGGGUGUGGUGCAGGCGCGAGGGAGUGGGGGAGUGUGGCAAGGCUACUCCUGCCGUGUGCUGCUCUCCUGUCUCACCUUCUUCAACCUGCGUGUCUCAUGGUACGUACGCCCCUGCCCCCUCCACCCUACCACUAAUGAUGCAUGCACCAUAUGCUCCUACACCUCACCAGCUCUCACAGCCGGCAGCUCUCACAAGCAUGCCCUCUCUGCUGCCUGCCCCAACUGCCUGUCCUCCCACCACAGGGUGCAUGCACUCGAGGCUGCAUCCAUUCUCCCCUCAGGCAUUCCACCUCUCAAUCUCUCGCUGCGAUUCUCGCCUCCAUCGCCGCAACCAGCAGCGACACCAGCAGCCAUACCAGCAGCAGCAGCUGAAAGCGCCACUAGUCCUGCCGCAGGCUGUGCCAGUCAGGGCGACCCAGCAGCCCCCAUGCGGCAGGCGCAGCAGCAGGAGCGCCCCGCCGUGCUGAGCUUGGCCUCCGCUUGCGACCUCGCUGCCAUUCUGCUCGCGGCCGCUGCCGCCCAGCUGCCCGCCACCGUGGCCGCACACAGCAGAGAGCAGCGGGUGGGAGGAGCAGCGGGACCAGGCCGUCCCCCUGGGAACAGCAGUGGUUGCGGCAAGGCCGAUGGGGAUGAGAGGAAGGGAGCGGAGAGCAGGUCAUGGGCAGGGAGGGCGGGUGGGAGAUGCGGGCAUGCGAGCAUGCAAGACUCCUUUGUGGCUGCUGACCUUGCCUCGUGCGCCCUGCUCUCCUGCCUCUCCUCUCUCGCCCUCCCUGCACGUGCCUCCUCAGCACAUCGCCCUGCACUACCCUUGGACCAAGGCGGCUCUGUCCCUUUUGCCCAUCCUGCCGUACCACCCCUGCUGCCUGCACCAGUGAACACCCCAGGUGAAAGCAACCUACGCUUGUCACAGCAGGAGCAGCAGGAGCGCCAGUAUGAUGUACCAUCCACUCAGCCCUCCCCCCUGACCCCUCCCACUCCUGCUCCCCCCACUGCGCUCCCUCCCCUCCCUGCCGCUGUCUUCUGGCCGAUCGCUGCUGCGCUGCAGCAUGCAGCCUCGUGCCCACACCCCCCUGUGCGGCGCAACACGUGCCUCGCACUCUCCCUGCUGCUGCGCUGCUUUGAUCCAACCUCUGUCGCUCUCCCCCUGGCAGCCAGCCCCUGGACUCGCCUGCUGCUAGACGAUGCCCUUGCCUCUAUCACUGCCGCCGCUGCUGCCACUGCUGCUGGACCUUCUGCUGCCGCUGUCACUGCUGCUGCACCAGAUGCAGCAGCGGUGCGAGCAGGUGAGAGCAGGCCUGCUGGGGAAGCAGUGCAAGCCCAGUCCUCCUCGUGCCCCUCGCCCGCCCUGCUGGACCUCCUGCUCUCCCACAGCCUAGAAGCCCUCCACAUCGCUGCCUCCUGCUUUCACCUCGCCCCACCCACCGCCCCUCCUCGAUGGCUCCCUCAAAUCUUCCAACCUGCCCGGGUCUCUGCUCUCGUGGGCUCGCUCUGGCGAACCCGCCAGCUGUCUCUGCCCGCCAUCGCCACGUGUCACUGGCUCAUUGGUGCGGGCCUGCUACCUCGCGCUGUUCUGCCCCAGCUUCUGGACCUCAUUCAGCCACAGCACAGCACCGGCAGCAACACCACCAGCAACUCCUCGUCCACGCUUACUGUUCGGCCUGUCUGGCUGGCGGGUUGCCUUGUGCUCUGCAGCCUCUCCAUCCCUGCCGCUCUCUCCAAUCCCUGUCUCGUGGACCCCUCGCUCCCUGCCACCCUGUCACAGCAGUGCGCUGCGUUCCUUGCCCUGCACGCCAAGCUGCCUCGCUGCACGCAGUAG